CAACUCUUUGUUUUCCGACGGAAUGUUUCAGCAGCGAACCCCGUUGUGUUGCUAUGAUGCUUGUUACUUUUCCGACAGUUGACAUUGCCUGGUCAUUAUUAGCGUUAGGGUUUCUGAUAGCUUUCAGUAUUUGUAAAUUCUCUCUAAAAUUACCAGGUGACUUCGAGCACAUUUUCCAGGCUCUUAUUCGAUACGGAAAAACUAAAGCACAGAUCCAGCAGCCCGGAGUCCUUCCCUUACUUUAUGUCCCGAAAAGAUGGUUCUGGCAUUUCUAUGCGGUGUCUGUCCUCUGGAAUGGACUUCUCCUCGUUUUCUCCUUCCGCACUGUGAUCCUCCAGACGCCGCUCCCUGACUUCUUGGCAGAUCAUCUUGUUUUUUUGACGGGACAGCCAAAGGCUGUCUGGAGCGAAUUUAAGCCGACAGUAUUGGUGUUACAAGCUCUACUGUGGAUCCAUUCCCUCAGGCGCUUGCUAGAGUGCCUCUGGGUCAGCAUUUUCUCUAACGGACUGAUCAACGUUGUUCAAUACGCAUUUGGCCUGAGUUAUUACAUCCUACUAGGGUUGACUGUCCUGUCUGUAAAUGCCUCACUACCUACAGAAGGGGCCUCUGUUCUGACCUUCUCACAGUUCAUAUGGCACAUAGCAGGAGUCCUGCUGUUCCUCUGGGCAUCGCUGCUGCAGCACCGCUCGCUCUCAUUGCUGGCCAGCCUGCGCACUAGCAGCUCAGGCCGGGUGGAGACGCUUGCCCACAGGAUACCAUGUGGAGGCUGGUUCGAGCUAGUGUCCUGUCCACACUACCUGGCCGAACUGCUGAUCUACACAGCCCUGAGCGUAUGCUGUGGCUGUGUCUCUUUCACAUGGUGGCUAGUGGUGCUCUACGUUCUCUGUAAUCAAGUUCUGGCGGCUCAUCUCUGUCAUGAGUAUUACAGAAGCACAUUUAAAGCAUAUCCAUCUGAGCGCAAAGCCAUCAUUCCAUUCUUGCUCUAAUCGGCUGUUUGUUUAUAAACAUAUUGAAAUUGUGUGAUUAAAUAUGCAAAACAAUGAGGAAAGAUAAACAUAAUGGAAGAUAAAGCAGAAGUCUGGACAUCGGUGUGUAAUCAAUCUACUUACCAUGAGUAAUCUACUUACUACUCGCCACUGAGAACACACCAAAAGGGACACACUCUUCCUUCAUCAUCAUUUCCUCACUUUGUUGUAUGAACAUACUUGACUUUAUUACUCAAUGGACAACCAUUUAGCAACACCGUAGCAACCACCUAGCUUUCACCUAGCAACCACAUGAAAUACCAUAGUAACCACCUAGCAAUACCCUAACAACCACUUGGGAUACCAUGGCACCUGCCCAGCAACACCCUAGCAAAUACCUGGAAUACAAUAGCAUCCACAUGAGAUACCAUAACAAUCAUUUAGCAACACAGUAGAACCAAUUGGGAAACCAUAACACCUGCCAAACAACAUCCUAGCAACCACCUGGAAUACAACAACCACCAACACCAAACAACAUCCUAGCAACCACCUGGAAUACAACAACCACCAACACCAAACAACAUGGAAACUUCUUUGUUACUAGAACAUGAUUAAACGAUGUAUUUAAAAAACCUA